GCGAGACGGCGCCAGGCUCAGUGUGUGUUGGCCACCUGGUGAGCGAGGGACGGGGUGUCACUGGACUUUCGGCGCCACACACACCCACACGCACACCCCCCACCUACCCCUCGCAACACACACUAGCAUGCGCCCCUCACUCUCCCGCUCAUAUGAACCUUAACGUGGAAGUACUUGUUUAAAUCUAAUUAAAUUAUUUCUUAUAAAUACUUAAAAUUUUAUCAAACAUUUCCCUUUUACAGUCUUAUUAAAAUUUUUCUUUGCGAUGUAUUAUUUUGCGCUCGUGUUCCCCUAAAUGUGUUCCUGGCGCUCCGUGUGUUGCUGAGUUAGCGUGACACUGUUGCCAGCAGCCUCACAACACGUCAAGUUCGUGUUGUUUACUUCUGCGCGUGUGCGUGUGUGUGCGUAUGUUGUAUCCUGGCCACACGCACACAUGUUUGUUCGCCGCAUCUGCACUGGAUUGUGAGAUGCAGUAGAGCGGCUCAUCUUUUCAUCCCCUCAGCCGCCAUGGCCCACCGCCCCCCAGCUGCUCGCCCCCCGCCACUCCUGCUACUGCUGCUGCUGUCGCUGCUUUGGCCACUGACGGCGGUGAAGGGUGUUACCACAUGGGAGCUGACGGCGGAGGAGCUGCGUGCAGUCUUCAAGGGGAGAGAGACAGUGCCCGUCUACAGUCUUGUGGAGCCUCACUUAGAGUUUCCGGGCGGACAGGAAGGGAACGAGGGGGCAGGCGUGAGAAAGAGGGACAUUAGAGACACUGAGGCCCCUGAGCAACUUGACCCUCAGCCUUUACUCAGACUCCAGGCCCUGGGGAAGACGUUCAAUUUCAAGCUAUACCCGAACCGUGAGCUCGUGUCGCCGCACUUCGCUUUCGUGAGUCGCCACGGGGAACAAGUGGAGGUGCGGGAGUUGGGCGGCGGCGACCUGGACUGCUACUAUCAUGGCGUGGACCAGACGGAGGCCACGUCCCCCAGCGCCGCCACCAUCGCCGUGGAGCUGUGUGGCCGUGUUCGGGGCGUCAUUCACGGGCCCUCUCAGGAAUACAUCAUCGAGCCCCUGCCAACCGAGGUGACCCAUGCAAGGCGGCGACGGAGCCUCAGCGACACGCCCGACGCGCCAGCCCCCACCCACAUCCUCUACGCCAGGGUCACCGCCCCAACAGCCCCAGAAUAUCUGUCGAGGCCGCGGAGAUCCUUCAUGACGGGGCAGGAGGCGAGGGCAGCCAUGGGGGAACGAACCGGCCUGCGCUCUUACUACGACAGUUACGAGCACGUGGUGGACUCGCACCUGAGAUCCGAGUGGGACGACCUGAACCCCGGCAGGAGCUUCGACAGGGAGGAGGCGGGGACGGCGGCGCAGGGAACCAAGGACCUCUAUAUCGAGACAUCCGUGUUUGUGGACCGUGACCUGUACCGCCACAUGCUGGAGAACUUCCCCAAGGACACGGAGGAGCAGGUGCUGAAGGUGGUGCUGGCCAUGGUGAACGCGGUACAACUCCUGUACAACGAUGAGUCGCUGGGCUACCGCGUCAAGUUCGUGCUGAAGCGCCUGGAAAUCUUGUACACGGACCCGCCAGGCCUCUACCGCCCCUAUGACAUCGAUCAGUUCCUCACCAACUUCUGUCUGUGGCAACGAGGCGAGAACCCAGCGAGGGAUGGCGACGCGCUGCACUGGGACCACGCGCUCAUCCUGACGGGGCUGGAUGUGUUCACCAUCACCCCGGACGGGAAAGUGAACGCGCAGGUUGUCGGCCUGGCUCCCGUGGCCGGCAUGUGCACUCGUUCCAGCUCUUGCACAGUGAACGAGGGCCGCCACUUCGAGUCUGUCUACGUCAUGGCACACGAGAUUGGCCACAACCUAGGUAUGCGGCACGACGGCCUCCAGGCUGGUAAUAACUGCGACCCUGGGAGGUAUAUUAUGUCCCCCACGCUCGGUUCUGGCAAGAUUACCUGGUCCUCCUGCUCCAGACGCUACCUCGACGCCUUCCUUAAGUCCUCGCAGGCAUCGUGUCUCAUGGACGCUGCCGAGGCUGAAGACUCUCACCUGGACCACGAUGCUGACUCCCUGCCCGGCCAGCGCUUCCCAGUCAACCAGCAGUGCAUGCUGAAACACGGGGCGGGGAGCUACCACGCGUCCUCCCAGAAACUGGAGGACAUCUGUGAGGACCUGCACUGCCGCCGCGACCACUACACCUGGACCUCCCACCCAGCGCUGGAGGGCACCACCUGCGGACAUCGACAGUGGUGCCGCCGAGGGAAGUGCGUGGAGGACAGCAACGCCCCUGGACUCUCGCAGGAGCUACUCAUGUCCUCGUCCUCCACUGGCAAUGGCCUCGGGUCUGGGGAUCGCGGCGGGGGGGCGGGAGGGGAGUGGGGACCGUGGUCUGAAUGUCGGUCAUCUUGCCUCUACGGCGUCGACGGGGCCUUGUCCUCUGGGAGUUCCGGUCUAGCGUUGUCCGAGAGGCGAUGCAGGACCUGCCGGGAGGAGUACCGCUACAGGAUAUGUUCGGCCGUCGAGGAGUGCGGGACGGGACAGCGAAGAACAGUGCAGGACUUCGCCCACGACAUCUGCCGAAGCCGCUCUCGAUCCAUGCCUCUCCUGACGGGCCUGGCAAAGCGAGUGCCGCUGAGAGGUCCUACACAGUGCGAGGUGGAGUGCGAGACGACGGGCCACGGGGUGCAGUCGUCUGACAGGAGUUUCCCCGACGGUACUGUGUGUCAGUCCGCCUCAAACUUCCCUGCCUUCUGCGUCGCCGGCGUGUGUACGGAGUUCCGCUGUGAGCCAGACGCCCUUUACGGUGCUGACCCCGUCACAUGCCGGCCGGACAUGGGCGCCCCGGACCCACACCGCCCCCUGGGUCCCAACCCACGCCCACCCGCCUUCACCACCACCCGCCAUCCCGCCACCUCCACCUUCACCUCAGGAGACCGCCAGUGGGGGGCGUGGAGACCCGCCUCCAACUGCCGCUUCAGCUGCCUCACGCCGGCCAUGGGCAUCCAGUUGGUGAGUCGCAAGUGUCUGGGCCGAGGCUGCUACGGCGUCAAUAGAAACAUCCAGGUGUGCUCCCCCGGCAGACAGCACGACUGUGACAGGAUGCAGACGCCCUUUGAGUACGCGAGCGAUGUGUGCCGCCGCUUCAAGGCCAGUGUCAGCAAACUUUCCGGGGUGGGCAUGCAGCUGGCCAGCACGCAAGAUGACCCCGAUCGGUCGUGCACGGUGGCCUGCCAGGACGCCGAGCUCGACUACCGCUUCUAUCGCGUCAAGGGGCGGGACGGCUGGUUCCCCUUCGGCACCGAGUGUUCCCGGGAGCAGCAUGGGGCGCGGAGCUCCUACUGCCUCAACGGGCGGUGCCUGGAUUUCUCGGAUGAGGGCACGCCCCUCCGGAACACCAUCUACACAGAGUACGAGAAGGGCCGCGCCCUGGACCUGGAGCCCAUCGAGCGCGCCUUUCCCCUGGAGCUACAGCGACGGGAGCCCUACGCCUCCCCCUGGCGGCGGGCGCGACGCGACGUGACUUCCUCCUCCCACGCCAUCGCCAGCACCCUCAGUGAUCGCCAGCUGCUGAGCCUCGUCGACCAGGUCAAUCAAACAAUAACAUCGCGCGAGAGGGCAGUACAAACCGGCGAAUCACCUUCCUCUAUCGACCUCAAGAACCCGCUCUUCGUCAACCAAAUACCACCAGACGCGCCUACCACGGGAGGGGAGGAGGAAGCCGGGGGACGCACCUUCAACAGGAACAGGAAAGUCACUUCUCACACCCUGCAGCCCUACAAGCCUGGAGCCUCGAGCGUGGAGUACCGCUGGCGGGUGCAGGUGUCCCCGUGCUCGGUAACGUGCGGCAGAGGACUGGAGGAGGAGGCUGCAGUGUGCUUCGAGCUGCCGUCAGAAGAGGCAGUUGAGGCGUGGCGCUGCUUCCCGACGCCAGCCCCAAUCGCUGCAGGGUUCAGGGCGUGCUGGGGGACUAAGCGGACAUGCUCAGCGAGGCCCCCAGACGCCGCCUCCACCGUCAUAGGCAGGUGGCUCAUGACGGUACUGCGCGAGGUGACGGACUCGCCGCCCUGACCAUCGCCUGUGUGUAGUUAUAGACUUGGUUGCAUAGAAGCUGUAGUAGAGGAACCCGCGAGGCACUCCUGAACCUCGGGCACGGAACUGUUUGUAUGUGUUUGUAUGUAUGAACGCACGACGGGAUGGUAGGAUGGUGGAUGUUUUGUGUGUGUGUAUGUGUGUGUGUGUGUGUGUGUGUUACGUAGGGAGGGCUGCCGAGUUAGGUGGUGUGAUGGGCGUUGUAACCAUCACCUACAGAGCUAGGUGUACUCAAAUUGACAGUCCAGGCACACAAGUGACACAUGAACCAAUUCAAAAUUAGUAAUCAAAUCAGACCUUGCACUAAAUGAAGGAGGGCUCCCUACCAGGUGUAUGUCAGCGUUCUUUGUUUUAAAGAACAGUGAGGCCUUCUGCAGGAGGCAGCUCAUCUGUUUCCCCCUCGACGCGUUAUCCCCCCCGAUGCAGCCCUUCCCCUCCCCACACCCCUGUUUGCCUCAAGGGGUGGUCUUGGUCUGCCUGGCGUUUUGCAUUCCAUAUCAGUAUGCCCGUGCCCAUCACAAUGAGCUCUCUCUCUCUCUCUCUCUCUCUCUCUCUCUCUCUCUCUCUCUCUCUCUCUCUCUCUCUGCAGUACUCACUAGUAAACAUGAAUCACUGCC